AUGGCAACUUGAGCACAAUUUGGUCUACAAGAUGCUUCCUCCCCUCUAAUGGAGGAGCUUACAUACUUUCACGAUUACGCCCUCAUUGUUUUAACUCUUAUAACAAUUCUAGUUUUCUAUGGGCUAGCCUCUCUGCUUGUCUCCUCCAGCACUAACCGAUUCUUCUUAGAAGGACAAGAGCUAGAAACAAUUUGAACAGUUAUACCAGCCCUGAUUCUAAUCUUUAUUGCCCUCCCAUCACUUCAGCUCCUCUACCUAAUGGACGAGGUUAAAGAUCCCUUUCUAACCAUAAAGGCCAUUGGACACCAGUGAUAUUGAAGCUAUGAAUAUACAGACUACAAAGACUUAGAAUUUGACUCCUACAUGGUUCCAACCUCAGAUAUCUCCCUUAGAGACGCCCGACUGCUAGAAGUUGACAACCGACUAAUACUACCCAUGCAAAACCCCAUCCGAGUGCUUGUCUCUUCCGCAGACGUUCUUCACUCAUGAGCCGUUCCCUCUCUAGGAGUAAAGAUGGAUGCGGUACCAGGCCGGCUAAACCAAACUACAUUCUUUGCUGCCCGAACAGGACUCUUCUACGGACAAUGCUCAGAAAUUUGCGGCGCAAACCACAGAUUCAUGCCCAUUGUAAUAGAAUCUGUUCCUUUUAACACCUUCGAAAACUGAGUCGCACAAUACCUAGAAGAAUAA